AUGAAUGAGAAUAAAAGUUUCUGUGAGAAUUCACAAUGCAGGAAUACCAAUUUUUUAGAAAGUUAUGCAGAGUUAGAAUGUUUGACUCAAUAUGAAAGUCUUCUGGUGUCACGAACUAUUUUAACUCUUUCGAAGCACAUCGCACUUACUUUGCAGAAUAACAGCAAAUAUCACUAUUUUAGACAACAACGUAAAAACGACACGACAGAGAUUCAAAACUAUAUGCGAAAUGUUGAUAAUGCUUUUCUCGUUGAACAAUCAUCACAAAUGAUGAGAUUCAAAAGAAGGAAAACAUUGCAGAGUGGAACGGAUGAGAAAUGA